CUAUACAGUUUCUCUCUCCUGGUUUAACCCUGGAGACUGACUGGAUAUCUUCCGGCAUUGACUUUUCCCACUCCGGCGAUCUGACUCACCGCCAGAUCUGUGAGCUCAAUGGUGGGUUCAGGCAAAUGGGUUAAAAGUCAAGAAGGGCUUUCAGAAGCCUCUUCUAUUUGUCUGUUAGCUGCAAAAUCCAGCUGCUACAAGAAAAUCGAGAGGGUUGAAGCUCGGGGAUUAUUUGGGUGGAAGAAUUGUCUUGUAAUUGCUGGGUGAGUGAGAAAGAAAUGAUGAACUUCAGAGGGGGAGUUUCAAUUCCACAGGAUAAAGAGUUUCAAAUCAUGGAUUCGUGGAUGCCCGUCACACCAGAGAAGCCAGUUCCGACAAGAUCUAAUCCGAUCCCUGUCGAUUGCCAUGGAAACCAACUGGGGAGAGGAAAUUGGCAGGAGCUGAAUGGAUUCUCAAAUGGGUAUGCAGAAGAGAUGCCAAAUUGCAAUGGGUUGAGGCUAAAUUCGAACCCAAUCGGACAAAUGGUCCAGAAUGGAGGGUUCAAUGGCUAUGAUGAGGGAGGUUUGGCCGAGAGAAACAGGACGAUGAUCAAUCACAUUGCAGGCUCCUACACACAGACCUUCCAUAAUAACGACAGCUCGGGUUGGAAAAGGGAUCCAUUGGCAAAACUGCUGCUGAUGCAGAAUGCGGCUUUCAUUGCCUCUGCAAACAGGAAUCCGAACAGAAGCUUGAGCAUGGCGGCAAAUAGACCUCUAAUUCCGAAUUCGCAUUCGCAUUCUCAGUCUCAGUCUCAGUCUCAGUCUCAUCCUCAAGUUGAUUGUAAUCAGAAAGGUUCCAUCUUGGGUAACAUGUGGUUCGAAAACCAGAAUCACUUGUCUGGUUCUAACCCAUUGAGCAAUUUGGCAAAUGGAACUCUGUUUCAGGAUAUUCAUUCUGAAGUUGACAACAAUCAAAGAGAUUCGGAUUUUGCAAGUUUGUUUUAUGCCAACCAAAAUCACUUCUCAGGUUCGAACUCAUUAAACGACAGCGAUAUCACAUCCCAGAUAUCCAAGCAUGGAUUCUCUAUGCCUUACCAGCAACAAUGUGACCUAAAUUACCCACCGGUAGAAAUAGAUGCUUCCUCAAGUGUUACCAACACCCUCCAGUUUGCACCGAUAACGCCGCAUCAGGUCAAUAAGUUGGAGAACAACCAACUUCCUGCAACCUUGCAAACAAGAAAUGAAAGCUCAAGUGGGGCAAAAGAAAAUGAAGCUUCACCCACAUCAUUUGGAAAUAAGGCACCUCAGCAACAUAGUGAUGAACUCUUACAAAGCAUAGUAGACUCCUCUUCUGCUGCCAUUUGUUCACCAUACAAGGAAAAUCAAGAUUCUGAGAGUGGAAGGAAUCCAGGCAUUGAUCUGAACAAAACACCCGAGCAGAAACCACCCAGACGAAGAAAACACAGGCCCAAGGUAAUCAGGGAAGGCAAGCCCAAAAGGAGUCCAAAGCCUACUGCUCCAAAGAAUACUAAGGAGACCCCAACAGGAAAGAGGAAGUAUGUACGCAAAAAUGUUCAAAAAGAAUCAGCACCUGAAUUGGCUGAUGCUACAAGGGAGACGGCAAAUCUUAAUGGUGGAACUGCUGCAAAAUCCUGUAGGAGAGCUUUGAAUUUCGACUUGGAGAAGACCGUAGAUGAAAGCCAGAUCAAAGUAGUUGGUCAACAGGAGUUACAGCAAAGGAAUGAAAGGACCUUUCGUUUGAGUUCAGACCCUCGAGCCACAGAAUUGUGCCCUGGAACAUACAGUGUGCCUGGAACAAAGUCAGCUGUGCAGAUCGACCAAUGGAAAACGGUAGGAUACCAGCAACAUGGGAUGAGUAAUCUAACCCCUUCCACUUGUCAAUUACAAACUGACAGCGGACCACUGCAAAAAAAGCAAGCAGCUGCAGCCUGGCCCUCAAUAGUUCCAGCAAAAGACCUGCCAAUAGAAGAUUCAGAUGUGAUUCGAAGAUAUGUAGAUGGCGGAUUCACUGAUCCUUGCCAGAACAGCAGCAGAAAUAGAUGCACUCCCAUAUGGCAAAUUCAUGUGGAAGGAAUAGACAAAAGAGUCUUUCAAGCAAAAGUUCAUCAUGAGAGAAUUGAGAAAGAGAUGUCUCAGAGUACUCCACAAUCAGUUCCAAAGUCUCCAUCCAAUUCCAGUGCAAUGAGAGGAUCCAAGAGAGAACAUUUUCGUACUAUCGAGCAGACGAAUUCCAAAAUCCAAAAUCCAGUGAUUUCAUCAUUGUACCAACAGAUCCAAGUGGAUGAAUGCCACAGAAAUGUCCAGGUUCUGGGCGCAGGUCUUUCAGAAACCUGCAAAAAGAAGAAAAUCGAGAGUGGACUCCAUACAAACACCCGUGGAAUGCCUUGUGUUACAGAAGUUGAAGGAGGUUGGGGAAAUGUUGAAACAAAAAAGAUGAGUGAUAACAAUGCAAAUGAAUUUGCACCAACAGCAAACAAUGAAAUAUUGAACUCUUACUUUGAAACUCGUAUAAUCACAGAGAGGAAAGGUGAGGUCAACAAUUUUACCGCUGAGAGGUGCAAUCACUCCAUAACAGCCAAACAGUAUUUGAUGAUGCAACAUAUUUCUUCCGGGCUGCAUUCAAAUGCAGAACGAACGGAAGAGACCAACAGAUUAGCUUCAGCCCAUGGCUUUCCCUCCCUAGCUGCAACUGAGGAUUGUCACUUGCUCCGACCAUCUCCUCCCAAACAAACUCCCGAAUUGGAGAAACAGGUACAAACUUCCCAUGUUCAUACAUUAGCAACUAAGCAGACUUUGGGAUGUACACCAUCAAGAUUAGUUUCAGCUCGAAGAAAUAAAGUGCUGAAAAACCAGGAUGCCUCUCAAGAUUAUCAGAAAUCCUCACCAAAACCACGAGGUCGUCCACCAGCAAAACGGAUAUAUCCCAUUACCAUAGAUGAGAUCAUAUAUCGAUUGACGAGUCUCAAUCUCAAUGCGGGUAGCAAUGAAUUAGUAAGGGAUGAGAAAAAUGCACUUGUUCUUUAUAAAGGAGAUGGUACACUUGUUCCAUAUGCAAGGUUUGAGUUUUUGAAAAAACGAAAACCACGGCCUAAGGUAGACCUUGACCCAGAAACAAAUAGAAUAUGGAAUCUUUUGAUGGGUAAGGAAGGGAACAAAGACUUUGAAGGAACUGAUGCAGAAAAGGAGAAGUGGUGGGAAGAGGAAAGGAAAGUUUUUCGUGGUCGAACUGAUUCAUUUAUUGCAAGAAUGCACCUUAUCCAAGGUGAUAGACGCUUCUCAAGGUGGAAAGGAUCUGUUGUUGACUCGGUGAUAGGAGUCUUCCUUACCCAAAAUGUCUCAGACCAUCUUUCAAGCUCUGCCUUCAUGUCUUUGGCAGCACGAUUUCCUCUCAAGUCAACAAGCAACUGCAAUGCAUGUGACAACACUGGGACGAGCAUACUGUUCAAAGAGUCAGAAGUCAGCAUAGUAAGUCAGAAUGACACCAUCGGAUGGCAUGGAAAGGGUUCAAGCCAGCCCAUCUUCAAUAUUAGCUCCAUGGCACCCCUUGGAUCAGCAGAGCAUCAGAGGGACAGUGAAACUACAGGAACAGAAAGGAUCAUGGUGCAGGGACACAGCCUGAGUAUAGAGGAAGAAGUCAUAUCAUCACAAGAAUCUUUUGAUUCUUUAAUCAUUCAAGGGACUGGAAGACCGAGAUCGAGCUCAGGCUCCAAUUCAGAAGAGGAAGAUCUUAUAACCAGCUGCAGACCUAUUGAGGCUCACUUUACAACUUUAACAAAUCUUCUACAGAUGGAGAAAACCACAUUCCAGGAAUUUUACAGCCAAAAUAAUUCAAUUAUGAAUGAGGGAUCCAGGCAUGUGCACAAGCAAUCUGAAUAUAUUGCUCAUGCCCACAAAAAGUCAAGAUUAGAUAGAGCAGAUGGUGUCAAUGGUCCUGCAUUUAGUUAUCCAAUCAAUCCUGACAAUCCACAAAGCCAAGUACGAGUGGCUCCUUCAAGUGACUACCAUUUGCAUGUGACCCCAGACUCUACAGUACCUGAAGUAGAGAAUUUUGAAGCGUUAAGUGACGAAAGCAUAUCCCCUUUGUCUUCAAUUGAUUUUGGAUUCACCAAGACAAAAGAUGCAAAUAGCAAGGGCUUCAGGACCAAAAGAUGGGAAGGAAGUGAAGGUAAAAGCACUGUACAGCAGAAUGGACUACUGCACCCUCAAGAAACACCAAGAAUGGGGCCACAUGUACCAUCAAGCAACCACUCACUACACCAGGAAAUCAUUUCUCAACCAGAACCACACAUUGUGUAUAAUCAACCAUCCUACCGCAAUCAUCAACAGGAUGUGACCAAAUCCCUCCAACUGCAAAGCCCAUAUAUUGCAGAACCUGCUGAAGCACUGGCUAACAGAGAGAAUGAUGCUAUGCAGCAAACAUCAAGUGCACCUAUACUUGCAGAAAAUUUUGGAGAGAGAAUCUCAGCAGAAAAUGAGCAAAUACGCUUGGAAAAUAGAUUUCUCAAUCCAAAUUCAAAUAAGCAAGUCGAUACCUCUGAUCAGGCAAAUAGCAAGACAACUUCAAAAAUCUCAAAACCGAGAAAAGGAAAGACAGAGAGAGAUAAGAAUAGUGCAGUUGACUGGGAUAGUUUAAGAAAGCAAGUGCAGGCCAGUGGUUUGAAUGGAGAAAAAAGCAAAGAUGCACAGGACUCGCUUGACUAUGAAGCAGUAAGACUUGCACAUGUUGAUGAGAUUUCUAAUGCCAUAAGAGAACGGGGGAUGAAUAACAUGCUAGCAGAACGAAUCAAGGAAUUUCUGAACCGUCUGGUUAGAGAUCAUGGAAGCAUCGAUCUGGAAUGGUUAAGAAAUGUUCCCCCUGAUAAAGCAAAGGAUUAUCUGUUAAGCGUUCGUGGACUUGGGUUGAAAAGUGUGGAGUGUGUGCGGCUGCUAACACUCCAUCAUCUAGCUUUUCCAGUUGACACAAAUGUUGGAAGGAUAGCAGUUCGACUUGGAUGGGUCCCUCUCCAACCCUUGCCUGAGUCACUUCAGCUACACCUCCUAGAAUUAUACCCAGUGCUGGAAUCAAUACAAAAAUAUCUUUGGCCAAGAUUAUGCAAACUCGAUCAACGAACACUGUAUGAGCUGCACUACCAAUUGAUCACAUUUGGCAAGGUUUUCUGCACAAAAAGUAAACCAAACUGCAAUGCAUGUCCAAUGAGAGGAGAGUGCAGACACUUUGCAAGUGCUUUCGCAAGCGCAAGGCUUGCAUUGCCAGGUCCAGAAGAUAAGAGCAUUGUGAGCUCUACUGUUCCCAUUGCACAUGAAGUAAACCCAGCCGUAGUUAUCAACCCAAUGCCACUACCACCACCUGAGAACAACUCACUUAAAGAAACAGCUUAUAUAAGUCGCAAAUGUGAACCAAUCAUUGAAGAACCAGCAACCCCAGAACAUGAAUGUACAGAGAUCUCGGAAAGCGACAUUGAGGACUCUUUAUAUGAGGAUCCUGAUGAGAUUCCUAUCAUCAAACUCAACAUUGAAGAGUUUACCAUGAAUCUUCAGAAUUACAUGCAAGAGAAGAUGGAACUCCAAGAAGCUGACAUGUCCAAGGCUUUGGUUGCCUUAAAACCAGAAGCUGCUUCUAUCCCUACACCCAAACUGAAGAAUGUUAGUCGGCUACGAACAGAGCACCAAGUGUAUGAACUUCCAGAUUCACAUCCGCUCUUGGAAGGGAUGGACAGCCGAGAAACAGAUGAUCCAAGCCCAUACCUUCUUGCCAUAUGGACACCAGGUGAAACUGCAAAUUCAAUCCAACCACCAGAGACGAGCUGCGGAUCACAAGAAGCUAACAAACUGUGCAACGAGAAGACAUGCUACUCGUGCAGUAGUGUCCGAGAAGCCAAUGCACAAACAGUCAGAGGGACACUACUGAUACCCUGUAGAACAGCAAUGAGGGGGAGCUUUCCUCUUAAUGGUACAUACUUUCAAGUUAACGAGGUAUUUGCGGAUCAUGAAUCUAGCCUGAACCCAAUUGAUGUACCAAGAUCAUGGAUAUGGAAUCUACGAAGACGGACUGUAUACUUUGGAACCUCUGUAUCGACAAUAUUCAAAGGCCUAUCGACAGAGGGAAUUCAAUUCUGCUUUUGGAGAGGAUUUGUUUGUGUGAGGGGAUUCGACCAGAAAACACGAGCACCCCGACCUUUAAUGGCCAGGUUGCACUUCCCAGCAAGUAAGUUGGUAAAGUCAAAAUCAAAGUCAAAAUCUGAAAACAAAAGAUAAGCAGGAUACGUUGCAGAGAUGAUUACUAGCAGAAGGUACAAAACCAGUCUGCUGGUACUAAACAAAACUGUUGCUGACCACCCAGUGAGAUGGAAGAUCAUUUACUAACAUGUUGUAGGUUCAAUUAUAAUUCUUCUAACAUGGUACGCAUUCACCACCUGUUAUCGGAGGAAUAGAAAUUCCCAAAGUUGAAAUGUGAGAUCCUAUGGCAAGAGGAAUGUAGUUUGUAAACAAAUGAAAUUAUGAUCAUUAUUUCAUUCUUGCUCGUAAAAGAGCCAUUCUUCAAAAACUGGCCAGCGCCACUCCAGAGAGAAAAACGUUAUGUAACGCUCCGCUUUUAGUAAUCAAUAAAAUGAUACAUCACUGGAUGUACAAAUGGACAUAUAAAGCAUGUAUUG